UUAGGACGACACAUCAUAGGGACUUUACGCCAGUUAAGAGCCUGCUCAGCACACACCAUCUGCAGGCAGCAGUUCCUCUUUCAUUGUCGCGCACGCUGAGAUGAAGUACAGUAGAAGCAAGACUCCUAGCUAGCGAAAGUUACCAGGAUUUAACUGACCAAGCUUCGAGCAAAAUGCGUCGUGGAGGCGUCACACGCAGUCCGCUUGGGUUGCCCAUGACAUGCGUCGUUGUUUUCUUACUCUUUGCGGUUGAGAAACUUGAUGCAAGUCUGUUGGUGACCAACGGAACCAAUAUCAUCAGCUAUGACAUCUCGACAAGCCAGGAGACAGUAUUACCUGUGUCGGAAACUGGGGGCAUCGUUGCCCUUGCCGUUGACGUUGAUCGGCAACUUCUGUACUAUACAAACGCCGAAACAGGUGCGAUAGUUCGGUGUGGAGUCGACGGUUCUGACCAGCAAACCAUCGCCAGCACAGACGUGACCCAGCCCACCGGUAUCGCCUAUGACUGGGUGUCCGGGCUGGUGUACUGGACAGAUGAGGGGCGGGGCACGGUGGAGGUUGCCCAGGGAGACGGCGCCAAUAGGAAGACCCUCAUCUCGGGACAAAUGUUCCCCAGAGGGAUCGCCGUGGACCCUAUCUCAGGAUAUCUGUUCUGGGGGAACCAAGGGGACUUCACUAUCCGGCGCGCACGGCUGGACGGUUCUGAUGUGGAGGUCCUACACCACACAGGGCUCUUCUGGCCGAACGAACUGGUUGUGGACGUUCAGCAAAGUCGCCUGUUCUGGGUUGAAGGCUACUACGGAUACAUUGGGUCCAGCAACUUGGACGGGACAAAUCGGACUGUCGUCGCUAAUGUCUCCUCUGGCCAUGUGCUGUUUGGACUUGCCCUGCGUGAGGACAUACUGUACUACACCUCCUGGGACGGCAAGGUGUUCUCUGUGGACCAGAACUCUGGAGAACUGAGCGAGGUUGUCAGCGAGGAAGAGUCCGACAGAUUGCUCGGACUUGUGGCUGUACAUCCAGAUAGGCAGCCAACAGGGAGUAAUCAGUGCCAGACUGACAAUGGUGACUGCAGCCAUCUGUGCCUCCCCACUGGACCAGACACCAGGAUCUGUACCUGUCCAGAUGAUGGGGGACUGGCCAUCGGGAUGGACAACAAGACAUGUGCAGGUACACACUAUCAUUCAUGCUGAUUUGUCAUCAUUCGCAACUUUUGUCAUUAUCG